GAGUUCGGUUGCUAUUGCACUGGGUAGGAGUUCGUCCACACCAGCCUGCGGUGUCAGGCCGAUGCAGUGGGUAGCUAGGAGCUCGUCCGCACCGUCGUCCCGUACCGGGAGUUGCUGGCCACCACCGCCGCCGCCGUGUCGCACUGCGCGCUAGUCUUAUUUUUUGAAUGUGUUAAUUUGAUCCAUACCACUGCAAUUUUACCUAUUCAGAAAAAUACCAUUAUAAUUCGCCUAUUCGUAACCGUGUCAUUCCAAUUUUACUAAAUUAAAACUAUGCCACUGACGUCACCUUUUCUAUCCAUCCUCUCCAUUUCCGUCUUCUUCCUUCCUUCUCCAUCUUCUUCGUGGCCAUCGCGCCAUGGCCGACACAGCUAGAGGCGGCGUGAGGUCGGCGCAAGGGCGGUAACCGGCGGUGGCGGCGGAGAAGGAGGAGCAACAAUGGGGGCGGCGCGAGGGCGGCUGCGGCGGCGGCAAUUGGCGGCGGCGGUGGGAGCAACGACGGGGCGGCCGGAGUUCGCCCUCAUGCCGCCGUGCGACCGUUUGCCCCGGUCGACCUCGACCCAGAUCCGGCGGCCGCUGUCCUCCUACGCGACGCCCCGGUCUACCUCUCUGUGCACCGACGACAGUGAUGUCGGCUGUGGACGAGGAGCAGCAAUGGGGGCGGGGCGGCGGGAUUAGCGAUGGGGGCGGCCCCUGGUUGACCUCGACUCCGAUCCGGCUGUGGACGGGGAGCGACUGGGGUGACCGGAGUUCGUUGCCACUGCCUGGCACAGAUCUCGGUCCGUGCCGGGCGCAGCCUUGCCGUGCGCCAGCGGCAGUCGGUCGCGGCCAGCUCCUCCUCCUCGGCGCUCGCGCCGCCCUGCUCCUUCUCCUGCGCUCGGACGAGGCGGUCGAGGUGGCCGUCGGCCUCGAGGCAGACCAUGAGGGCGCGGAGGCGGUCCUGGCUCUCCAUCUCGCGCUCGCCGAAGAGCGUGACGGGCUCACCGAGGCGGCGGAGGCGCGCCCGCACGGCGAAGUCGUUGGUAGGCACGGCCAUGGCGAAGGUGCGGCGGCGCUGGAGCAGCUCCUGCACCACGCGCUCAUGGCGCUCCCGCGCAGCACGGUGGUCAUCGGAGACCUCGUACUCAGCCUCACCGCCGCCCCCUCCUCCUCCCGCCGCGGAGGUAGAGGCGACGGCGACGGCGGCUGCCGAGGCAGGCGUAAGGCUCGCGGAGGAGAGACUGGGAUGGGGGCGAUGGGCAGGGGCACGGGGAGGGGAGCCAUGGUAGGCACGGCCAUGGUGAGGCUGACGGCGGGCGCGCCAUGCCUGCACCAGCGUGGCGGCGGCGCGGGCCUUGUUCCGCGCAGCGAGCGGGUGGACGGGCGACGCCUCCGCCGCCAGGUAGGCCAAGAACGCCGGCGCCGAGUAGAUCCCCGCCGCCGCCAGCGAGCGCCGCGUGCCAUACGUCCGGCUCCUGGCGCUAACCUUGCCGAAGUGAACAACAGUGAAAGAAGACGGAAAAGGCAGGGGGGAGGAUGGAAACGCGACGGCAGUGGCAUAUCACCAAUUUUGAAAAAUUCUAGUGGCAUGGUUAUCAAUACACAAAUUAUAAUAGCAUUUUUCUAAAUAGGCAAAAUUGCAGUGGCAUGGAUCAAAUUAACCCUUUUUAAUAAGACGAACGGUCAAACA